CUUGAUAUUUGCACCUAAAUCACCUAAAUGCAGAACAGAUAUUAUACCUCAUCCUUUGAACCAAAGUUUCAGUCGUCUUCUUAUAGUUGACGCCCUAAAGAACAUCUCGACAGAACUUCAAAUUUUUUUGACGAUCGUUUCAGAAAUUUGGCAACUCUUCCACUUUGACCAGAUUGACAGGAAAUCGCACGACAUCAUGAAUAUACUCAUUUUGAUCACUGUUGUCGCAAUGGCCACCGUGGGCAACGCCGCUUACAGCUGCCCUGAGUUUUGGAACUUAUUCGGAGGGAACUGCUACCGAUACCAGGGGGAUAGAUUGACAUGGUCGGAUGCUGAAGCCAGAUGCAAUGGGUACUUUACCAGCGCUGGAGUGGGACAUCUAGCUUCGAUCCAUAGCCUUGCAGAGAACCGCUUCGUUUAUGAGAUGUUCAAAUCAAGCGUGUCCAUAAACGACAUUCCAGAUUGGGUGUAUAGCUUAGCAGACCGCAAUCCAGUCUACGGGAUAUGGUUCGGACUUCACCAGACUGUGGCUGACGGGCCCUGGAAGAACUCUGACGAUACAGACCAGGGCAAUUUCUUCAGAUGGGGUGGUGCAGAACCCAACAACGACUAUUACGGAGGUGAACAGGUGGAAGACUGCGUCCACAUCUGGCGCUAUAACGAUGCCUCAGACAUUCAACAAACAUGGAAUGACAUGUACUGCAACGAAGUGAUGUCCUUCGUCUGCAAGAUGCCAGCGGACGGGGAGUCUUGCGAGUAACUCAACGACAGAUUGAGGCUAUCGACCACUUUCCCGACUAACGUCAACCAAUCAUCAAUAUUAUCCAUUUUGGGUGUUAGUUUAUGACUCUCUCUCUCUUCUCUUUCGUUCUCUCUUUCUCUGUCUCUGUCUCUCUUUCUCUG